AAUGGGAUAGGCCUAAUCCCAACCAAGCAGUGCAAGUGAUCUGUCUCCUAAUCCCAACCAAGCAGUGCAAGUGAUCUGUCUUUUAUUAUUUUUUAGUGGGGGUCACUUCAGGGUAACAAAUCUUUGCCUAUAAAAGGACACCACUCCUAAACAAAACCAAGUGUGACUACUAGUAAGAGCUACUAAGAAAUUCAAUAUAUAACAUAUUUCUUUUCAGUUUUUCCAACUCUUUUCGGUACUGUUGAGACAGUUGGAAAAGAAAUGGAGGGAAAGAUGAGUUUGACAGUUGCGGAUGCUGUAAACUACAAGGGUCUACCUGCUGAUAGAUCUAUAACUGGUGGUUGGGUGCCUGCUGCUCUUGUCUUGGGGAUUGAAAUAAAUGAAAGGCUUUCAACAAUGGGGAUAGCAGUAAAUCUAGUUACAUACUUGGGUGGUACCAUGCAUCUACCAAGUGCAGCAUCAGCCAAUAUAGUGACAGAUUUUAUGGGCACAGCAUUUCUCCUCUGCCUCCUUGGAGGUUUUCUUGCUGAUUCCUUCCUUGGAAGAUACAAAACCAUCGCAAUCUUUGCUAUUAUACAGUCACUGGGAACUGGCAUGUUAACAGUGACGACGGGGUUGCCACAGUUGAGGCCACCUCCUUGUCAUCCUCAUGAGAGCUGCAAAGCAGCAAAUGGAUUCCAGAUGGGAAUUCUAUACAUAGCCUUAUAUCUAAUAGCACUAGGCACUGGGGGCUUAAAAUCUAGUGUGUCUGGAUUUGGAACGGAUCAAUUUGAUGAGAAAGACGAGAAGGAAAAAUCGCAAAUGGCCUAUUUCUUCAACAGAUUCUUCUUGUUCAUCAGCAUAGGAACUUUGUUGGCAGUUACGGUGCUUGUUUACGUUCAAGAUGAAGUUGGAAGAAGCUGGGCUUAUGGUAUUUGCUGCAUAUCCAUGUUAAUUGCUAUCGUAAUCUUCUUCUCGGGUACUAAAAGGUACCGCUACAAGAGAUGCUCUGGCAGUCCGAUAGUCCAAAUAUUUCAAGUCAUAUUGGCUGCUACAAGGAAAAAGAAUAUGGAUGUCCCAUAUGAUGUUGGCAUGCUUUACGAGACUAAUCAAGAGGCUUUAGGGAUCCAACACAGUGAACAAUUCCGCUUUCUGGACAAGGCUGCUAUUGUAGCACAAGGCGAUUUUGAGGACCAUUCUAACUCUGCUCCAAAUCCGUGGAAGCUGUGCACAGUGACCAGGGUGGAGGAAGUAAAAAUGAUGGCCAGGCUAAUCCCAAUUUGGGCCACAACUAUACUUUUCUGGACGACCUAUGCACAAAUGAUUACGUUUUCUGUUGAACAAGCUGCCACCAUGGAACGAUCAAUUGGCAAAUUCACAAUUCCAGCAGGCUCUCUUACCGUCUUCUUUGUCUCUGCCAUCUUAAUCACUUUGGCUAUUUAUGACCGAUUUAUCAUGCCACUCUGGCAGAAACUGAAGCGAAAACCAGGUUUUACCAGCCUUCAAAAAAUAGCCAUAGGGCUUGUUCUUUCUACCAUGGGGAUGGGAAUAGCUGCUCUAGUUGAGAUGAAAAGAUUGUCAGUGGCAAAGUCUACCAGGCGCAACAUGUCAACAGUGCCUAUUAGUGUAUUCUUUUUGAUCCCACAAUUCUUUUUGGUGGGAGCUGGGGAAGGAUUCAUAUACACAGGCCAACUCGAUUUCUUCAUAACAGAGUCACCAAAAGGGAUGAAAACCAUGAGCACUGGGCUUUUCUUGACAACCCUUUCUCUUGGUUUCUUUUUUAGCAGUUUCUUAGUCUCUAUUAUCAAAAAGGUGACAGGAACCAAUGGUGGUGAUGGCUGGCUUGCAGACAACAUAAAUUACGGAAGGCUUGAUCUUUUCUAUGGACUUCUUGCUAUAUUGGGAGCCAUAAACUUUGUGCUUUACCUAAUUUGUGCAACAUGGUUCAAGCCAAGGAAGUCUAAAUCUGCCUUACAGAUGGAGACUAUGAACAAUGGAAAUACUGCUGAUGACAAGUGCUAGAAUUUGGUUUAUGUCGUUUCGCCAACGAUGUUUUCAGUUAUCCUCUCUUACUUCUAUUAACUAUAGUACAGUGAGAGGAAUUUUAGUCUAUCUUUAGAUGUGUUCUCUAUUAAUAGUCUUUGGAGUUGAUUGUAUGAUUUCGCUUUUCCCUGUUAUGUUAUUCUCUUUUGAUAAAACAUCAA